AUGAGCACAAAUCACUUAAGAUUUACCAUUCCACAAUUUCCACAAUUUAAAAUCUCUAUCCACAAGUUUUCAAAUGUCACAAAUGCUGCAGAAAUAAAGCAAAAUCUACUGAGUGGUAACCAAGAGUAUAACUUUGCAUUUAUCAAUUCAUCCACAAUAGUUUCAUCUGAACAAUUAAUUGCAGCUAUAUAUAGAACACUGCUAGACUAUACACAGGACAAGAUAAGAACUAAAACACUACACUCAGAAGUGAUAUUCAGUCUAUCCCCUACACAAAAUAUCAUGGAUUCAUUAAAAAGGUUUGGUAUACAGGAUGAUUCUAAGGAAUUAGUUGUCAUCAAUAUCUCUGAGAAUGGUGCAAAAGAUGACUAUAAUCUUCAGAUAAUUAGUGGAGAGGAAGUUAAAGUUGAUGAUAAUGAAUUUGCAAAAACUGUUGACUAUAAAGUCAUUAAAAAAAACUAUAAGUUUGAUUCUCAAGAUCCAGAAUUGAUAACUAGAUUUAUUGUUAAUGCAAUUCAAUUAAGAGGUCAUUAG